AUGAGCACUGCAGACAGACUUGAGCUGAAAGCAAGAAUUAGGCUGAGGCUGCUUGAGAUCGACAAUGCCCUGGUUGAAUAUGCAGGACUAGAAAAGAUACAUAGAAUAAGACAGAGUGUACGGAUCUCAAUCAAUACACAGAAUGCAAAUAGUUCAAGAAUUAUAAAGCCAAGAGCAUCCACUAAACACAUUAUGUAA